AUGUCCUUCUUCGGCUUCGAUACCAGUGGCCACAACCCUGCCGCGCCGGGCUUCUCUCAAACCCAUGACCCCUUUGCAGGUCUCUCCGGCGGCAAUGCUGGCACCGACGAGGCCCUUGACUUCGAAGAUACCUACGACGGCCUUGGUGAUCAGCUCGACGACGCGGACGACGCCUUCAACGAUGAUACCUUUGGCGGCGACGGCAGUGGUGAUGUAGCAACAACAUCCAAGGUCGGCAAGGACUUUGACUUUUUCGGCCAGACUGCCAAAGUUGCCGAUGCCAUCGAAGAAGAGCAUCUCCGUUUCAACCGCCAGCAACCUGCUACCAAGUCAAACGCCCCUCAAGGCUAUGUCGCCCACUCUCACGCCGAUCCUUACCAUGCUUCUCAGCAGCAGCAGCUGCAUCAACAGCAGCAACAGCAACAGCAGCAUCAACAGCAGCAGCAUCAACAGCAGCAUCAACAGCAGCAGCAGCAGCAGCAGCAACAGCAGUAUCGUCAAGCACCCGCGCGUACUGGCUACGAAAAGUAUCACGCGGCUGAACCCAUCCCAGAUCUUCAUGUCGACCAAAGCAUUUGGGGCAUCGGCACUUCCAAGGCAGCCGCUGCCCCGGAAGCGCAGUCAAAGAGUCGCAAGAUCAUGAGCCUAGAGGAGGUUGAGGCAGCUAUGCGAUCUGAGCCCAAGCCUGCUGCGCCUGCCCAAUCACCGGCCCCCACACAACCCCAGGCGAAUGCAGGCUACUAUCCGGGACACCAGCAGCCCACAGCCCAACAGCCGCAGUAUCAGCAGCACGUCCCUCAUCAUCAAGGCCCCCCUGUAACCAUUCUCCAACGCCCACAAUCCGGACAAGAACCUCAUCAGCGCCAGAUCCUUACAGAAGACCAAUUCCUGCGACAGCAUGCCCAUCCGACUCAGAUAUUGCAGAACCCCAGCAGAGUCUCGGGUGAUGCUCAGCGCACUGCUUUCGCCGGACAGCAGCAUGGAAGAACUCCUAGCGGUGCUAGCCCCAUGCACCAGUUGUACAACCAUCCUCAGCUCUCUGGCAUGUCUGAAGAGGAAAAGGCGGCUUUCCUAGACCAAGAGACCAAACGUGCCAAGCGCAACCACAAGAUUUGGCUGCUGUCAAAGGACAACGGCGUCAUGACUCCCCAGGACAAGAACUUCAUCACCCGAAUUCAGCUACAGCAGCUCAUCUCUGCCACUGGUAACCCCACGGAACAGACCGGCGAUGCCUCCAUCGCUGAGGACUUUUAUUACCAAGUUUAUAGCCACAUCCGUGCUGGUCAGAGACAAAAUCCGAGUCAACCCCUCAGCAACUUUGCCCAGACCUACCUAUUUCAGACCGGCAGCCGUCAUGGGGCCCGUCGCCAUGGCCGCCCUGCUGAGAAUCACAUCCAGCGCAUGGAGCAGCAAGUUCAGAGAGCCGUGGAAGCCGCCAAGAACAAGCCCAAGAACCCUCAGCUGGUGAUUGCUGGCAGCCUUGGUAAAAUCUCGUUCAGCAAUGCCAAGACACCUAAGCCUCUGCUCAACAUCCAGAGAAAAGAGACCGAGUCUCCUCGGCCAUCCACGGCACGAACUGCCAACACUGGCCCUGAUCGCAAGGAUAUUCUACGCAACGUUGAGCGUGUCUACGAUACUCUCAUGAAGCUUGAAGACCAUGUUCGAGUCAUUCCGCCUCCCAUGGCUGGCCCUGGCGACCCCGAGCUGGAAGAGAAGCACCGGGUGUGGGCCACAGAGCUUGAAGCUCUGAAUGCAAAGCUCUGGAAUGUGCUUAAAGUCCAUGAACCUAUUGGUGCUACUGCUACCCACCCUUUCAUUGCUUUCUUGUCUUGCGCUAAGGGCAAGAAGGCCAUUCCUCGCAUCUUCCCUCAUCUCAACUUCGAGCAGCGCACUACCAUCUUGACCAUGAUUGUGUAUCACCUUGAUCAACUUGAUGUGGUUCGGGGUGCCGCUGUUACUGAUGAUGACACUACUCUGAACUCGAGAAUGCGUGAGAACAUCGAACUAUUCCUCUCGACCGUCAUGCCAUCCCUCAUGCAAUACUUCAAUGACACUGGCCUGGACAUUGUCGAUGGCGUUCUCAACCUGAUUGCCACUAAGCAGGACCUAGAUCUGAUUGCUAGAACUCGCAUUGGCAUUUCCAUGCUUACUCUGAUCCUGAGCCGAACUGUUCUUCUGAAACAAACUGGUGCUGGCAGCACUGAGCAGUGGGAGAAGUGGGAACAGACCUUUAACAUUCUCUUCAGCCGGUUGGAGCCCUCGCUUCCUUUCAUGUUCCCUGGUAGUGUCAACGCCGGUGUAGACGUUUAUGUCUGGCAAUUCCUCGCGGCGAUGGGUGUCAGUGCAAACCACGACCAGCAAACGCGCCUCGUCUUGGCUGUCAAGGACCGUGUGCUCGAUACAGUCUCCUUGUCUAAGACUUUGCCGCCGGCUAUGGCUACGGAACGCUUGGCCAGUGUCAAUCUGUUCAUGAGAGCCAUUGGCCUUGAUGUGGAACUCUUGCAGUAA